UCCCAAAUAAUCAGAAACCAAUCCUCGAACACUCUCAAAGAAUAUGGCGAUAUCCAACCUUUUCUACCCACUAAAUUCCACUCUCAGGCCCCUACUCCACUCCACGUUCCUUAAUUCCUCUUUUGCACAACUUAACCUUACGAAGAAAUCCAUAUGCCCAACCAGAAAACCCAGAAGAACACACAUCAAUGCCCAGUCCAAUGGCAGCGGCUCAGCUGAUGCCCCGGACCGCUUAAUCUCAGCCGUAUGUUACUUCUACCCCUUCUUUGAUGGCAUACAGUACGGAAAGUACGUUAUCACCCAGAUCACUCCCAUGCAAGCUCUUAUCCAGCCUUUGGUACCGGCUAUAAGGGUCUUUAAGAGCUUUCCCUUUAAUGGGUUCUUGGUGUUCUUGACCCUUUACUUCUUGGUUGUGAGGAACCGCAACUUUACUAGGUACGUGAGGUUCAAUACCAUGCAAGCUAUUGUGCUUGAUGUGCUACUGAUUUUUCCUGAUGUUUUGGAGAGAAGCUUCAAUCCAAGGGGUGGGUGGGGCUUGGACUUGUUGAUGAGCUUAGACAGCACUGUUUUUCUGUUCCUUCUGGUUUCUUUGCUUUAUGGGUCUUCUUCUUGCUUGCUGGGUCAGGUGCCCAGAUUACCCAUUGUUGCUGAAGCUGCUGACAGGCAAGUUCUUUGAGCAGCCGUCUGGUUCUCAUCUGUAGCUUUAUUAGCCGAUCUUAAUUCAUUUUUAAAGAAAGUGCUCUAGAUUUUUACACUAGGAUGUACUCGUUAUGAAAGGAAGAAACUUGCACAAUUCAUUCCUGGUAUUGUUGUAUCACUAUGUUUUUUUUUCCCAAUGAAAUGGAGGAAACUCUUGAUUUGGUAACAGGUUGUUGACUUGUACCAUAUAUAAUGGGAAUUUAGGAGUGGCCUUUUGACAUU